CUGCCCAGAGCUGCCCUCCGGAAACCUGCCCUGGGCACCUGGGGCUGGGAGUGUCCCAGGGCGCCUCCUCUCGGCCGGGUUGGUUUCUCACUUCGCAAGAUGUGUAAGGUGGACGCCAGUAGGUGUGUGAGGGCUCCCAGGUCCUGAAUGUCCGAAGGUGACAGCGUGGGAGACUCUGUCCAUGGGAAGCCUUCCGUGGUGUACAGAUUCUUCACACGGCUUGGGCAGAUCUACCAGUCCUGGCUGGACAGGUCGACACCGUACACAGCCGUGCGAUGGGUGGUGACGCUGGGCCUGAGCUUCGUCUACAUGGUGCGCGUUUACCUGCUGCAGGGCUGGUACAUCGUGACCUACGCCCUGGGGAUCUACCACCUGAACCUCUUCAUAGCUUUCCUCUCCCCCAAAGUGGACCCUUCCCUGAUGGAGGACUCAGAUGACGGCCCCUCGUUGCCGACCAAACAGAACGAGGAGUUCCGGCCCUUCAUUCGAAGGCUCCCGGAGUUCAAGUUUUGGCACGCGGCGACCAAGGGCGUCCUCGUGGCCAUGGUCUGCACCUUCUUCGAGGCCUUCAACGUCCCGGUGUUCUGGCCCAUCCUGGUCAUGUACUUCGUCAUGCUCUUCUGCAUCACCAUGAAGAGGCAGAUAAAGCACAUGAUCAAGUACCGGUACAUCCCGUUCACGCACGGCAAGAGGACGUACAGGGGCAAGGAGGACUCGGCCAAGACGCUCACCAGCUAGACCGCCCCGCUGCGCCGCCUGCGCGUACAGUAGUUGAUCACGGGAGUUGUUUUCUUUUUAAAAAGGAGCUUCAAUUAUUUGUAACUGAAAUAUCAGGUUCUUGAAGAAACUGGCAUUUAAACUGAAUCGCAUUGAUUUAUUUUUCAGGGCCAUUAGGCGGCCAGGCAGGGUGGCCGGGGGGCAGGGCGGGGAGGGCAGGUGGCACCCUGAUGCCCAGCGCCAGGGAUGCCGCCCGUGACCCCAUCGCCCGCCUGGAGGAAGCUCACCGGUUCCUGCGCGUGAAGGAGACUCGGGGGGACCCCGGGCUCGAGUGCCAGUCUCCCAGUUUCAUCUCAGUAGAGAUGUGUCGGGUCGGCCUCUUAUCCUGAUGACUCAAAACUGUGUUCUUAACUGCCGUGAUUGCUUUUGAGGGCCUGAAAUUAUAAAUAUAUAUUAUAUUUUAA